CAAUACCAGCAGAGCAGGCCUUUUAUCGAACCGAGCGGAACAAAGAAACUGAUAAUAAUCUUUUUUUUCCCUUCUCCAGACUCGGCGGUUCUACUUCUAAAUACUCAAAAUCCAGAUUCUCCUACCGACCCAGUAACCGCUCUGGAACCCUAAACGCAAAAAUCGCAGAAUCGAUCACCCAAGGUCGGUUUAUAUUGAUUGUGUUGCGCCGGCCGUCCAUCAAGUGAACGGGGUUAGAAACAGCAAAGCCAUGAAUUUUUCAUGCGCGGACGAGGUCAGUAACGCAAUUAGGAGGUGCCACGAGAGUGCUUAUAGAGAGAUAAGGUCGUGUAGCGACACAAUGAUGACUUUGGCACUUGAGAUAGGAAGGGGCUUUCGGAAGCUAUUUAAAGGUUUGGGAGUGAAUACUGUGGGCACUCCAGCCAGGGAGCAUUGCAAGAAAAUCCAAGAACUUGUACGUCUGAUUAUGAACGGUUCUGGUGAGAUUCUGAGGAACGCAGAGAGGCACACCAAGACGGGUUUUGGAUGUUUGGAGAAUCUAAUCGAUUCGACUAUGGCUUUCCGCCAAUUGGCCGAGGGAAUUGAUCGACUGGCCGCUGGGGACAUAGUUGAGUAUCCGAAAUACUCAGAGUUCUGCCAAACUACGCUCCAUUCGGCCACUGAAAUUAGAUCGGUGCUUGCAAAUGUCCAGAGACUGCAGCAUCUAACAUCACAUGGUUUCGAGUUGGAUUUGUUCAGUUAUUUCCCUGAGCUAGCCCCAAGAAGAACUAUGAAUGAAUUACGUGACCAGAUAAGACGUCAUUUUCCCUCGGAGCCGAGGUUAAUCUCAAGAGUAAUGUUCGAGCAUCAGCUGAAGGAUAUUGUCGACCAUCAGCUGGGCUUUCCUUUUGAGUUCCAUGAGGACAGUGAAAGGGUGAGGCAUCUGCUCUGGAAUGCUAUCGAGAAUCGCCUACCUGUGGAUUUUCAGAGCUUAGAUUAUAUCAGAGUUGGUGCCGAUCAGCUCGUGAAUCUUCUUCUUUUGUAGAUCAGGGGCUGGGAGUUCAAGGGAGGAGGAAAUAGCUCAGAUAGAGGAGAUGCUGGACAUAAUAUCCCUAGGUGGAAGAGGAAAGGAGGUCGAGGGAGGCUCAAUUGAACAAUGACAAACUUGUUCUUCUCAUCUCCCAAAAAUCUCCCCCUCUUCUUACGUCUAUGUCCCUGAAUGUGCUGUCAUCCUUGUUUCCUUUGGUGUUUUGACGUUCACAAGUUGAUGUGUUCCCAUUGACGUAAUUACGUGUUUUGGAAUUGACAAGUUGAUAUUAGACGACAUGAUGAUCCAUUUGACGAUGAUGAUUAGAUAUUUUGAUUAAUGUUGAUGAUAUGAAGAGUAUCUGAAUU